ACCAAUGUACAUCCUCUGGUCUAGCCGGAUUUGUAAGCCCUGCUGCAGGGGGCAGGGCACUGGCCCACUGGCCACACCACCUGCGGGAAGUCCCAGCCAAGUCUCCGAAGUGCAGCAGCGUAAGCAGUUUUGUCACUGGCCCUGUAAAUGCCCUCGCCUGAAGCCCAGGUGCCCUCCUGGAGUGAGCUUGGUCAGGGACGGCUGUGGAUGCUGCAAAGUCUGCGCUAAGCAGCCAGGGGACCACUGCAACGAAGCGGACCUCUGUGACCCCCACAAAGGGCUGUAUUGUGACUAUUCGGCCGACAGACCUAGGUACGAGACUGGAGUGUGCGCAUAUCUUGUAGCUGUUGGAUGUGAGCUCAACAGGGCACAUUACCAUAAUGGCCAAGUGUUUCAGCCCAAUCCUCUGUUUCGCUGCCUCUGUGUGAGUGGGGUAAUUGGAUGCACACCUCUGUUUAUACCAAAGCUGGCUGGCAGUCACUGCUCUGGGGUUAAAGGUGACAAGAAGGCUGACCAAUCAGACUGUAGUCUGGGACCAUUACAACAGCACCUCUCAACAAGCUAUAAAGCUAUGCCAGCUUACAGGAAUCUCCCUCUUAUCCGGAAAAGAAAAUGUCUUGUGCAGGCAACAAAGUGGACACCUUGUUCCAGAACAUGUGGGCUGGGGAUAUCCAACAGGGUAACCAAUGAAAAUAGCAACUGUGAAAUGAGGAAAGAGAGAAGACUAUGUUACAUUCAGCCGUGUGACAGUAACCUAUCUAAGACAGUAAAGAUUCCUAAAGGAAAAACAUGCCAACCUACUUUCCAAAACUCCAAAGCUGAAAAAUUUGUUUUUUCUGGAUGCUCAAGCACUCAGAGUUACAGACCCAUUUUCUGUGGCAUAUGCUUGGAUAAGAGAUGCUGUGUCCCUAAUAAGUCUCGGAUGAUCACCAUUCAAUUUGAUUGUCCAAACGAAGGGUCAUUUAAAUGGAAAAUGCUCUGGAUUAUAUCUUGUGUUUGUCAGAGGAAUUGCCAAGAUCCGGGAGAUGUAUUUUCUGAACUCAAGAUUUUAUAAAAAUUGGCACAUGAGGGGGCAGUUAGGGUAAGUGAAUCAUGUCCUCACACCAAAGAAUGUGGUUAAGGAAGGGGGACACAUCACCUUUAUGGUAGCAAUCAAAUUAGAUUUUCAGAAGGGUAGGAAUGCCUAGCUAUUCUCAGAUCACUCUUGAAAACAGGAGAUGUGAAAAACUAAAAAUGAACUAUUUUCAAUAUAUACCCUUUCAUUACGUAAUAACAAUUUGAAUAUGAAUUCUAUAUAUAUUAGAGAAAUUGUACAAUUUAUAACAUUUGAUUCUGAAAAAAAAAGAAUAUCAAAUUAAAAAACUAUAGUCUCUACUUUGACAAUGUAGUCUAGGUUCCAUCAUAUACAUGAUGAUCACUAUAAAGUCAGCAAGAUUCUAGAUUAAUGCUUGAAGAAAAAUAGGAUUAAAGUGUAAGUACAUUGCCUCAUCUACACAGCAGUUUAUUAACAUUUCUUUCAGGAAGGAGAAAAUGCCAAGUUUUCUGGCUUCUAUUAAAAACUGAGAUAUAGAAGAUUUUAUACUGAACUAUGUAAAAAUAAAAUUAAAUUCCUGAUAAAAACCAGAAACAGUAUCAAUGCUUUGCAAAAGAAAGAAAAAAUGUAAACAGAGCACUAAAUAAUUGUGCCUAAAAAUUACUACACUAAUUGAUAAAUUAACCUGUGAAAUUUAAAAUAAUUACUGGUAAAGACUAAAGCUGUAAGGUGCAGUGAUUGGAAUAAUUUCACUAGAUUAUUAUAAGUCACUUAUUUUCAACUCUGGUUUAGUUCUGUUCUUAUGUAUAAAUGGUGAUAUUUAAAUUAAUGUUAAUAAGGAGCAAUGUUUAAAAUAAUAACAUUUAUUACAGAAUUAAGUGAUUUGAUAAAAAAGCAACUAUAUUUAAAAAUAAUUUAAUAAAAAUACAUAUUAAAAUAAAGAUACAAAUUGUGAUUCUUUGAGUGCAAAUAUGUCAUUACCACUCCCCCUCCCCCAAAAGCCUCAGAAACGAAACCUCCUUCACAGUUAUACCAAAAUCAGGAAAUCUAGACAUAAGAUUAAAGUACAUAUUAUAAAUAAAUACAAUUUUAGAAUAAGGUAUUUUUCUGAAGAAAAAUGUUUUAAGUUAAGGUACUAGGACUUCACUAAUUUCAACUAUCAUCAAGUUGUGGUUCAUUAGAAACCACUCUUUUGGACAACAAACAGAUAUCCUGAUAAUAUGAGAAACGCAAACAGGGUUUUCUGAAUCACAAACAAUGCUGAAAGAGAAAAAGGUAAAGUGACAGAAAUCGUGACAUUCAGAAAGACACACGUCUUCACACAGCUAUGCGUAGUCUAGGUAAUUCUUGCACAGGCAUGCUCUUCGUCGCGUCCAGCUGGUUAUACUCUUGUAUGAGUGCUGACAAAGAUGACACAGCUUCAGAAAAACAGCCCUCCUCCAUUCCCUCAACUUGUAGGUAGUGAUGCAGGUGAGCCUACACAAAAACAACGGGCAACACGACCAUUUUAGACAUUUAAUGCACACAGUAAUCCUGUAAAGUGAGUACAUUUUAACUGGCCAAAAUAAACACACAUAGUUACAAAAGUGUACUAAUAAUUACCUUUUUCUUGUAGAGCCUUGUGAAUCUCUCUUUCAGUUCCACAAAGGUAGUUUUCACACAUGUGUUAUUUGCUAAAGCUAAUAAUGAAUGAGAAUGACCCACAGGAGGUACUGAACACAGGCUGGUCUUCCAGCCUUCUUGAUUCCAGGAAACAAAUUGUAGAGAAGGUUUUAAUCUAGGACAGAAAAGUUGAGGAUGAGAAUUAAGGUAUUAAAAAUGUUUCCCAUAUUAAUUAAACUAGGGCAUUUAUAAUUAUGUUAUUUUAAUUAUUUAGUUUCUAAUACAAAUUAUCUACUUACUUGUGGUAGUUAUUUAAUCAUUUGUAAAUUUGAGAAUUGAGAGUGUAGGGGUGGAGUCUAGCCUGUCAAUCAGAUAAUA